UGUCAUUUUACCAACACCUUGGAUAUGUUCAUAUUGAAUAGAAUCGAUAACAUCUUUGCCCAUAUUUUGAGACCAUUCCACGCAAAUGCACUUCAAUUGGGAUGACAAGCCUAUGAUUUGAGGCCUGCAUUUCUACUUGCUAUAUGAUACCGAGUAUCCUGGGAUCAUGGGCGAGGAAUCCGCGAUUGUGAUUCCCUCGUUCAUCGACAAAGUCAUUUCUUUUGACGAUGGUGUGUCGUACGAGCUGCUGAGGCCGUUGACCACUUAUCGACAAUGUCACGAUGGCACACCGCCUGAAUCACGAAUGGUUUUCAUUUGCAAACAGAUAGACCCAGACGACAACAGCUCAGAGGAAUACAUCAUGAAGAUCAAGAUCAGGGUUCCUCAUCGGGGACAAGAAGACAACACCAUUGAAGGAGCCGAAGUCGAGUCGAGCAACACUACGAGGGCUGAAGUGAGAGCCCUGACGAAAUUUCUCGAAGCCGACACCUCUUUUGCUCCACAGCUCGUCAACUACAAAAAGGCCGUACAGGGUCCUGAUGGUCCACUACCAGAUGGAUAUGUGACAUUCACGGUCAUGACGAAAAUGCCCGGUGACUCACUACACAACCUGUAUUUCUGGGGCAUGCCAGAGGAAGAGAGACAAAAGAUCACGCAGGCCUUCCUGGUCGCUCUGAGGUCGGUAUAUGCCCUGGGAAUAGAACCGGUAGAUUGUGCCCUACGGAAUGUUUUGUGGGAGCGAGAGACUGGGAGAUGCACCAUCAUUGAUUUUGAGAUCUGGAGAGAGACAGACGGCAGUAUCGACAACGAGAUCAAAGAAUUACAACGAUGGGGUUUGGCUCGAAGACCUGCCGCGAAGAAUCACUGGGAGGCUUGGAAUGAACAGUGGAGGUAGAUCUGUAGCAUGUUUGAGCCGGCGCGGACCUCAGAAACGCGCGUAAUUAUAAACACUCUAG